AGAAAUUAAGAAAUCUGUCUCGGUUUUUAUCAGAUAUUUCACCAUAAUGAUUUAGCUUUAAAACUCGGUUUCUGUCGCACAAAGUAGUUUGUUCUGAGGAUACAGGCACCCCUCUCUGCCUUCAGACAUGAGUCGGUCUAAUAUAUUCAUUUUGAUGGCCACCAUCCCUCUCGUUUUCUUUCAGUCAGUGAGAGGGAAAGACUGUGUGUGCGAUCUAAAAAAUUCAGAUCCUGCUUUCCCAGAGGCCAAACUAACAAAAGUAGAGACCACUUCUGCCCAAUGCAUUGAGACCAUCACUUCAGAAAAGAUUACAGAAUUAGACAGACUUCUGUUGGGUCUACAACAACGUAUCAAGCAACUAGAGGAGACCGUGGUCUUGCUGGAAAAGGAGGAUGACAAGAAUCUGUAUGCGGCUGUGUCUUUUCGCAUCAUUGAGUUAGAGUUUGCCGAAAUUCAGGACCUCCUCAACAAACUUAACAAGUCCACCGGUGAUUACCAUCAACUAGGUGCACAGACUGCAGUUCAGCUGGACGAUAUGAAGAACACAAUGGUGGAGCUGGAGAAGUUUGACAGCAUGCAGGUGAUAAAGAAAGAUCGGGAGAACAAGCGCGUUAAGAGGGACCUGGAACAGUGCAAAAAUGAACUCAAGGCUACACCACAACCUCCUACAGUUCCCCCAAAACGCUGUGGUCUGGGUCAAAUAGCAAAUGUGGUGGGACCUAGAACGUAUUCCCUCACAGUACACAGCACGUCUUACACUUAUGGUGCUUGGGGUCGAGAUGCAAAUCCUGCUCCAGGAGACGAGAACAAAUACUGGCUGGUGGUGCUAACAAGUAGUAACGUAUAUGGCAACUAUGUCAAACAGUUCGGCACCUUGAGUACUCUUUUAUUAGGUAUAGGAGCAACAGAUACAUUAAUAUCAAACUCCAAUCCCACAACAAACACAAUUCAGGGGCCAAACAUGGUCAUGUACGCCAAUGCGCUCUACUAUAACUGUUACAACACAUACUCUGUCUGUAAGUUCAACAUGACGACUCGUGCUGUCAGUACUGUGGCUUUACCAAGUGAUACAGGUUACAACAACAAGAAUCCAUUCGGAUACUUCAGCACAGCAUACAUCUAUACUGAUAUGGAUUUUGCCACAGAUGAAUCUGGUGUUUAUGUUAUAUAUGCAACUACAAGCAACUACGGAAAUGUGGUUAUCAGUAAAAUCGAGACCAGUAAUCCACCAGUUGUGGGCCAAACUUGGAAAACCACUUUGUACAAAUUGAGUGCUUCAAACACCUUCAUGGUGUGCGGCGUGCUUUAUGCUACUCGUUACGUGGAUAAAGAAACAGAACAGAUCUUUUACUCCUAUGACACCCAAACAAAAGAAGAGCGCUAUGAUUUGAAAAUAAAUAUCAAGAAGAUGCAGACUAAUUUUCAGUCUGUUAACUAUGACCCCAGAGAUAAUUUGCUGUAUGUCUUCAGUGACGCCUAUAUUUUAAGUUAUGAGCUCAACUUUCAGUAAGUCUUAAUUCGAUACAUGAAAAUAUGGCUGCUUCCUCUUUCACAUACUGUCUGUACUGUAUAGUAUGCAAGAUUAGAAUUAUUUGUCUUAUGGCAAAAAAAUAAAUAAAAUAAAACCCAGACAGUAACAGUAGAUAGCAUUUAAGUGUGUAUUCUACUAGUUGCUAAUGUAUUGUUGUUGUUUAUAAAAUUUACAAGACACAAUUUUAUAAAAUGUUUAUAGAAGUAUGUGAAUUGAAAUGCAGCCUUUUCAUUUUUCUCACUUUGGAUACGUCUUUAAAUGCUUAGCUUUGUUAUGUGAGGUGAAGAAAUUCACAAAUCUAUCGCAAACUUCAUUUCUUGAAAUAAAUUACAGCAAGUUUGAAAAAUGAGUGGGCUG